AGAGAGAGAGAGAGAGAGAGAGAGAGAGAGAGAGAGAGAGAGAGAGAGAGAGAGGGGAGGACCGGAGCAGCGAUCAGCAUUAACAGGCGCGCGAUCCACAGCAACACACCGGAGAGACGCGGAGAAAACACGCCGACACCGACGGAGGAGCAUAACAACGGGAGAAACCACUCCGCACGCAGCACCUUUCACCCCGAGACAGACCUUUUUGCGGCUGCAGACAUGGGCGUCACCUCUGGACCUCUGCUAUUGGUUUGCACGUAUUUGGCGGCUGCUCUGAUUGGAGGAACCCGCUCGGAGGGCUUGUGUCUCCAAGAUGGCAAACACAAGGCUGCGCCCGGACCGGAGCCGCAACUGACGGAGUGCGGGAUCUAUGCAGACAAUAGCUGCUGCACAGAAGAAAACAUCCAGGACAUCUCACAUGUGCCCUCCGAGGUCAAUAAGAACGAACCCUGGGACAAGUGUGGGGCUCUGAGCUCUGAGUGCAAAGGCUUCCUGAAGCGCGUGUCUUGUUUUUACCGCUGCUCCCCCGAUGCCGCGCGUUGGCCUCAUCCCCACCGCCGCUCGUACAUCCAGGCCGUUCCUCUGUGCCACAGCUUCUGCCGUGACUGGUUUGAUGCCUGCAAGAUGGACAUGACGUGUGCUCGUAACUGGGCCAAAGAUCCCAGGGGACACAAUUGCACCGGAACAUGUGUUCAGUAUCAGCAGAUGUACCAGCACGGCAGGGACCUCUGCGAGAGCCUGUGGGGGGACGCCUUCGUCGCCGUGGAGGAUGAGCCGGAGUACGCGGGAGAGGCCGGUGAGGCCGGGUCCGAGGGCGGCGGCGGUCGCCCCUGCGGCUGCCUGACCCUCAGCCCCUCGGACAAGGACGUGAUGGCGGCGCUCCGGGCCCAGCAGGACGACCCCGAGGAGCUGGACACCACCAAGGCCGGCCUGCCUCAGUACCGCGCCCCGUGCCAGACCAAGCUGCCCCCGCAGGCCAGGAGCGGCAGGAAGGGCAACUACGUGCUGCACAAGCGCUCGGUCAUGGUGGAGGACGUGGAGGGGAGCGGGAGCGGCCUGUAGAGAGGAGUGGUAGGCGGCGAUUUAUGUAGAGAUCAUUGUCUAGGUCCUUAUCUAAAAGGAAAAGGAGUUGUAACCUCGCUCCACUUACUAACCUUACCACAGACAUAAACUGGCAUUAUCAUUAUCGUCACAUUCUACGUGUGUGGUUUAGAAGACAAUAGAACGAGAAGCUCUCGAUAAACAGCUGCUUAUUUAUUGGAACAGCCUAAAUAGUCUGGAAAAGAAAAUACCACCGAUAAGGGAAACAUCCUCAAUUCUGCCAUGGCCGACUUCAAUCAUAAAGAUAGUGAUGUUUUAUUUCAGGAGGCAUCGUGUUGCUUUGUGAGGCUGCGUAAAGAACAUUGACGUGUUGAUGUUGAUGCGAGGCUGUUAACGUCCUGACAGCGUCGGCGCUUGUGCAUGAAUCCCUGAAUCCUUCCGGCGGCAGCGCUGUAGGCACGAUGUACCCCCCCGCCGGCACCCCCCCCCCGACCCCUCUCCUCUCGUGAUGCCGUCGAGGUGGCUUUAACUUGUGCGCUAGUCAGUUGUUCAAAGCAGAUCUCACUGUCGUGAUGCCGUUUCGUGCAGUCUACAUGUCAUAAGGUCUACGAUAGCGGUGCCCCCUUCUCUUCCCCCCUCCCCUGCAGAUUAUAAUAACAAUGAAUGUAGCUUUCUAACAGAGAUUACUGGCCCUGGCCGCGGGGGGGGGUCGGGUAUGCUUAAUACCUGAGCGGAGGUUUAAUACAAAUCUGCCUGCUCCAGUAAAUCCUCGUACCAUGAAGGGUGCUGUGGUAGUUCGAACGCGUUGUAUGUCGUCGACGUAACGUGGAUGUUUCUUUUAUGAUUGCGGCGCGUAUUUCCUUAGAGCGAGGCACUGUUAGAUGUACAUGUUUUGUAAAAAAUAAAAAGGGCAACGGAGUUGUCAGAUUUACGGUGAUUUGUUUGUUGUGCUUUACGUUCUCAAUAAAGACAAUUUUUGUAAAUGCCAA